UCCUCCAGCCGCCACUUUUCCAGUCCCACCUAUUCCCCGACCCCGAGAGCUCGAUCUCGGCUAGGGUUAGGGUUUCAUGGACUCCCUCUCCCCGAUCUCCCCUACCUUUCUCUCCGAUGACGACCACGACGCCUUCCUCGGCUUCGUUGAGUACGCUAGGUCCUCUCUCUCCUCCUCCUCUGCUGCCAAUGGCGAUGACAACGGCGGCGAUGGAGAUCCACCCCCAUGGAGUUGGGUUGUGUCUCGGAUCCUCAAAACCUGCGUCGCUUACUCCAGCGGCGUCACCGCCGCCAUCCUCCUCUCCGAUCUCUUCCAGGCUUGGAACGAGCAGCGGAAGUAUCUGACCUCAAAAAAGAAGCUUGAAUUGGUGAAUCAGUUGAAGACAAGGCGGGCGAGAAUGAGGCUUCCGAAUACGGUCACCAUAGAUUCCAUUUACGAGAAACAUUUUCUCUCCCCGAGUAGUGUUCUCGAAGCUGUUAUCGUUGACACCUUUCUUCUUGCAGGUACAAACAUAUACAUUCUCAGCUUGGGAGACUUGUGGAGCUCAUGUGCCAUUGAUCUGUAUCUUCAUCGGAGAUUCUAUGAGUAUGUGGGAAAAGAAGGUAUACUGAGGAAAGGCCGGCAGAUCUUACUCACAGGAUGUUGCCUUCGUACUGCUGUGCAAGGCUCUGGCCAUCCUCGCCUUUUGCCAACAGAGUAUCUGGUAAUCUUAUUAGAUGAGGAUAAAGAUGAAGAUGCUAUGUUGCUUGGUGCACAGUUCUGCACGUAUUCUUUCUCAUCAAUAUCAGCUGAUAAUAUCAAACAUGGUGCUUCAUUUUCAUUUUAUGCGAGGAUAGAGUCAAUUGAAACUCUGGAACCUUUUGGUUGUACUCAGAGAAAACAGAUUAUUUUAGUUGAUAAUGAGGAUGUUAAAAUCAAGUUUCUUUUAUGGGGCGAGCAGGUUCUCCUUGCCAAUCUUUUUAGUGUGGGAAGCAUGCUUGCAUUGGAUAGACCUUUCGUUGCAAAUGUUGUCAACAAGAAUCACGAAGCAUCUCAGGAAUUGUGUCUUGAAUAUGGUAGUGCAACACAGAUUUAUCUAGUGCCAGUUAUUCAACACGAAGAACAAGUGCUUCUAACAUCUACACAAAUGAAGAGUCAAGGGUUAAGACUGUCCGGCAUAUCUAAUGAGAAUCAAGGGCUAAAGGCUUCGCAAGUAUCAUUGCAAUGUGAUUCGCGUGGCUCGAUUGAUUUCAGUAAAUAUCCAUUUCGAUCAUAUGCAAUGGAUCUUAACGACAAAAUGACGGGAAUCAGUAUAUAUGGCACCAUAAUGGACAUUUCAAGAGAAAAGAACACUUCAGAGGCUGUUUUUUGUUUGGCAAUUGAAGAUAUAACAGGAGUAAUUGUGGUGAAGCUACACUUUAUUGGAUUUUGGUCAUUAGGAAGAGUAGGGAUUGGCCACACAGUAUACAUCUCAGGAUUGACAUGUUCCAUGACAUUACAAAAGAUGCUUGAGGUUUCGUGGUUCGAGAAGGAACCUGGGACUUAUUUUGUUAAUCUAAGCUGCUUGCCGGCUUUACUGAAUUCAUCCUGCCUUCAUAAAUUAUCCCUCUUAUCUGAUAUCUCCAAUUGGAUAAACAACACGCAUAUAUGCUGUGUUCACCUCGACAAAAUAGAGCACAACAACAUACAAGCUCUCCCAUGCCACAAUCGCUGUGGCUGCUUUGUGAAGGAGAGAUCAGAUGGAUCGGUUUGGUGCAGCUUUUGUCAGUGUAACUGUGAGACUGGGCGUACAUAUAGCUUUCUAUUGCAUAUCACCCUUGCAGAUGAAAGUGGGAAGGUUCUCGCAUGGUGCGUGGGACCUACGGCUGCAGAGUUGCUGCAGAUAUCCCCUGAUGAAUUUCUGAUGCUUCCUGAGGAUGAACGAGCCAUGUAUCUUUACACCCUUCAGAAUGAAGAAUUUAUGGUAGCUAUCGUAAAGGGCAAGAAACGCGGCGAUGAAUUUCUCUUAUUGAGCCAAGAACAUUUCCCAGAAUGGGAGAUCACACGGGCUCAAAAAUGUGAAUGAGAUCUUCGCGGAAAGACAAUAAAGUGAUCUUCCAUGAAGCAAAAAGAACAAACUGUCACAUUCUACAGAAACAUCAGUUUGAGUUGUGAAGGUACGUCUCGUGGUGUGUUAAGAAUGACAACUUCAGGUUAUAAGAUACCUAAAUUAUAGGUAGAAAUAUAUGGAGACCUCCCUCAACUAUAGAUCACUUGGAAUUAGGCCUCUAAUUUUAUCUUUUUUGAUGGAAAACUCCCCCUUUGAUUUAUUUUUCUGAUUCAAAAUAUUCUAGCUGAAUUGGGGAUUCUGUCAAAUUUAAUGAAUAUUCCACUAUAAUUAGCAGCUUAGCCUGCUUUAUGGAACUGUGGAUUCUAUUUACCGCUACAAUCAUCACCUAAAGCUUUAUGGAACUGUGGAUUCUAUUUA